AUGGAUGGAGAGUCCAUGACAGUUCUGGUUGUACGCGUUGCCGACGGACAGUCUCCAGUAUCAUCCAAAGAAACCAUUGCCAUCCUUUCUCCAUCGGCGAACCAAGUGCUUGUUAAGAUAUCCCAUGUCGCGCAGAACCCGACCGAUGGUAUGCCCCGCUCUGGAUUCCCAGAUGAGUGA